AUGGUACAGACCACCUUGACACAAAAGUUCAGGAGGGUCAAUCCUGAAAAGGGUGACGAUGACUCCAAUAUUGAUCAAGACGACGCAGACGCGGAAGAGUUGGAUGAAAGCGCUGUUCAUCUGACACAAGUCGAGCUCCAAAGCUUUACUCAGAAGUGGGACAUCUUCACCCAAUAUUACGAUGAAGACAACGAAGUACCGGACGACCAACCAGACCGUAUUGAUUUCAGUCAGGCUCAGCUUACUCAGCCAGCAGCUGAUGAGGAAGAGAAUGCUGUGGAAGAAGAAGAAGUACAUCAUCAGAGAGGACCAAAACGCACACGUCACAAUGAGUUUCACCUGGCAUCGCUUAUCCAAAGGGUACCAGUCGACACGGAAAACAAGUGGCAUCUGGAUGUUGAUGGCACCUGGAAAAUGUUCAAAGUGGGCGAACGGUUCAGUAUUGGAGCUCAGGUCGACACCCGCCAUCCCGAAAUCGUGUACACCAUUCAAGAUUUCUUCCACGAUCCGAAAGUAGGGAAAAUGGCAAUGUGCCAUGUUGCAAUCUUGGCACAAGCCACCUUUAUUGGAAAGGAAAACCCUGUAUUCAGUGUUAGAGAUUUCGAAAAGAAGUUUGGUAGCAGGUAUGUGAGCUGCCGAUACAGCCAAACCAAGCCGCUGCGAAAGCUGCACCGAAUCAUAGAUACAACGGGCAUUGUCGCUCCCAACGUUUACUUUGAUCCUCCAACUAGGCAGACCAAGCGACCUGGUUGGACGAAUGCUUUCAGUUUCAAUCAAUCUUUUGGAACAAACGAAACUUGUCUCAUUGCGGAAUCGCCCAAUGCACUAGACGGGUUCGCUGGAGGAGGUGGCGUGAGCCAUGCACUGGAAUUGGCUGGGUUCAAGGUAACGCAUGCCAUCGAUAAUGAACCUAUUGCAGUCGCAACAUUGAAGCUGAACCAUAUUCCUGAGGAUACUAGAGUUGUUGAUCAAGAUAUCAAUUCUUUUAUCGAUGACGCUUUGGAAGCUCAUGCGAACCCAAACGAUCCCUACAACUGUGAUGGUACUGUGCACGUCCAUCUCUCACCACCGUGUCAGGGUUUUAGUCGCAUGAACACGACUGAAUCGGAAGCCAGCAAGGAAAAGAACAACCAGCUGUCCUUAACCUUCCCCCGAUUAGUCAUUGGAAUCAAGAGUACAACUGGUUCAUUCGAGAAUGUCACUGGUAUGCUCGAUGAUGAUCGGGUCCACUAUGUUCAAAGGAUAGCAUACGAGUUCAUUAUGAAUGAUGAUCAAGUCCGAGUUGGAAUUCUCGACAGUUCCGAAUACGGUGAUCCUCAAAAGCGGCAACGGGUCGUCAUGUUUGUCUCCAAGAAAGGAUGGAAACUACCGGAUCUUCCCGAACCGACGCACGGUCCUGCCCGGCCGCUCGAACCUUUGCAGACACCCAAAGAUGCCAUUGGAGAUUUGGAACAAGUUAUACCACGAAACAAGCCCGGUAUUCUUGCAUUACCACCAAGAAAAAGUGGAAGUGAUGGAAGUGAAAGAAUCAUCGAGGUGGAUCAUCACGUUAUUAUGAAAAGCGAUGAUGAUAGAGACUGCUAUUCCAAGACUGACUCUCUGGUCGCCAACAAGCCUGCAAAUACGGUUCUCUGUGGACACGCCAUCAAACAGUACAAACUGAACCGAGCCUGUACGAAUCUGGAAGGCGCCAGACUUCAAUCCUUUCCUGACGACUAUAAGUUUGCAGGGAAUCCAAAACAGGUGCAAAAGCAAAUAGGAAACGCUGUUCCAAUUUGCCUGGGGACAGCCAUCGCCAAAGCUGUCUACAGUGUUUACGAUGUCGAUCCCUACCUUUUUGACUCUCCACCUGAUGAUGCUCUAGAAUUACCAAAGAAAGACGUCAUCCCCUGA